AAAGUGAUGUUACCUUAAGUAGCUUAAUUAUGAAAAGCAGCAUUUCUUAUAACAAAUCUUUACCCGAAUUGGUUGAAAUCAUUUUCAAUAGUUCAAAAUUCAUAAAUAUUGAGAGGCUUAACAUUUCCCUAAGUGGAACUGGUCGUUUGAGCAUUCAAGGAUUCGUGUUGACUUUAUCAACAUUAGCACCUUCUAUUAAACGGGUUGAAUUUUCUGAAUAUAACGAGAAUCUAAUGGCUAUUAUUACAUCACAAAAACAACUUUCAUCUUUAACCCUUAAAAAAUACAGAUGGACGAUCAAAUAUUGA